GAUGGCGACCAGCUCGGAGCGCAGUCCUCCUCCGUUCCCCGACUCCGAGGACCAAGAUGUGCUGGACUCCGAAGAAGUCGGAGGCCGAGACAGUGAUGAAGACGAGGGGGACGAGCUCUUCAUGAGCACAAGCAGCCCUCCGCUAACUGAAAUGGACACCACACUGCCACCUGCCAGUCAACACAGUGAUGUUUUAAUGAAGCCUCCCACUGACAUCUUUAACGAUCCCUUAAUCGUUCCCGUCACCAGCCAAACCGAAAACAAACCAGCAAGUGAAGCUGUCAGUGAACCCUCGGAUGAUUUCAUUGACCUAACAAACAACGUAACCGAAGCUGCUGCUGAAACCGUUGUAGGUGGAGCAAAAGACACAACUGAGAUCUCUUUAGAUGAACCCACAGAUGAUUUUGUUGACAUAUUGGGAAGUGAAACUGAACGAGAGGAAGCGGUUGUGGCAGUUGUUAGUGGUGAAGCAGUAACAGAUAAAAAUGAAGUGACAGGCAGUGUUGCAGAUCCACCUAGUGAUGGGAAACCUGAAGUAAAAGAAACUUCCACUGCUCCAAUCAUCGACUUCAGUGGUGACUCAUCAGCCAGUAACACACAACAGUCACCUGGGACUGACAAAAUUGUUGACCCUCUGGUUGAUCUCCUCAGUGAUGCUCCACUCGCUUCUGAUACCAAAAAACCCAACAGGGCAACAGACGACCUGUUCAGUGAUGACGGAAGCGACUUGUUUGGAGAACCACGGCAGACUAAAUCUGCCAAGCAGCCACAGAAAAGUCUCUUUGGUGAACCUGACGAGGAUCUGUUUGCUGAGCCACUGGGUGCCACCGCAAAGAAAACCAAUAAAGAGCAGAAGGACAAAUCUGUCGCAACCAAAACUGCUGCUGGUGAUGCUGUCAAGCUAGCUGGGCCUCUGCAAGAGAAUAAUUCUGCAGAACCUGCUGAUAUCUUCACUGAAGAAGCCGUCGCCACAGCGCCUAGCAUCAGCAACACCAGCACUGUCAGCUCCAAGACCAAUGGAGUCCACUCUGAAGAGGAGACGGAUAUCUUUGCCGAAGCCACAGUGGAGCUUUCUCUUGACAGUCCACGGAACGAGAGGAAGAAGGAGGUGACAGCCAAACCGUCUGCGUCCACCCCCGCCCUGUCAGCUGCUGCCAGCCUGGCCAAGCCUCAGUCUACUGUCCUUGAGGAGUUGGAAGAAGAAGAAGAAGAAGAGGAGCAGGAAGACAAAUUUGACAUCUUUGUCUCUGUCAAAGACCCAGAAAAAAUAGGGGACGGGAUGAACGCUUAUAUGGCCUACAAAGUGUGCACACAGACCACACUGCCCAUGUUCCGCAACAAAACAUUGACAGUGAGGCGACGUUUCAGCGACUUCCUCGGCCUGUAUGAGAAGCUUUCAGAAAAACAUGGACCAAAUGGAUACAUCGUGCCCCCACCACCAGAGAAGAGCAUCUUGGGUAUGACAAAGGUGAAGGUGGGGAAGGAAGAUUCCUCAUCUGCAGACUUUGUUGAGAGAAGAAGAGGUGCUUUGGAGAGGUAUCUCCAGAGGGUAGUAAAUCACCCAUCGCUUCUCCAAGAUCCAGAUGUUAGAGAGUUCCUGGAGAGGGAAGAAUUGCCCAGAGCAGUGAGCACCCAGGCACUGAGCGGCGCCGGUUUCCUGAAAAUGAUUAACAAAGCAACAGAUGCUGUCAGUAAAAUGACCAUCAAGAUGAAUGAGUCAGAUGUGUGGUUUGAGGAGAAGCUGCAGGAGGUGGAGUCUGCAGACCAGCAGUUCAGGAAGCUUCACGCUCUGGUCGAAUCCCUGGUCGUGCACAGGAAAGAGCUGUCUCUGAACACAGCGAGCUUUGCCAAGAGUGCGGCCAUGCUGGGCAGUGCAGAGGACAACACCGCUCUGUCCCGGGCUCUUUCCCAACUAGCAGAGGUGGAGGAUAAGAUGGAGCAGCUACACCAGGACCAGGCUGCAAACGACACCUUCAGCUUCGCUGAACUCAUAGCAGAUUUCAUCCGUCUGCUUGGAGCCGUGAGGGGGUCGUUUGAUCACCGGAUGAAGGCGUGGCAGCGUUGGCAGGACGCUCAGGCCAUGCUGCAGAAGAAGAGGGAGACUGAGGCCAAACUGCUGUGGGCCAACAAGCCGGACAAACUGCAGCUGGCCAAAGAAGAGAUCGCUGAGUGGGAGGCCAAAGUGACACAGUAUGAGAGAGACUUUGAAAGAGUUUCUGCCACUGUGCGCAAAGAAGUUGUUCGCUUUGAGAAAGAAAAGGCCAAGAAUUUCAAAACACAGAUAAUCAAAUACUUGGAGUCUCUGCUUCAGUCUCAGCAACAGCUGAUAAAGUAUUGGGAGGCUUUCUUACCAGAAGCAAAAGCAAUCGCCUAAUCCUCAAGCACCAGCCUUUUGGAUGUCGAGACAGGCUGCCUUUUUCUUAUACACUUUACCUCUUUUGCCUUUAAACCAAGGAAAAUGCGUGCAUUGUAAAGGGAGAAACAAUCAACCUGUUUUUUUAAUCACCUUUAACAUAAUAGCUCUGUAUUCUAUUGUAUUAAUAAUUGUAUAUUUUCAUUUAACCUUCCACAAAUAUUUUCUUAUUAGAUGAAAAGAGUUUGCAUAUACAAAGAUAUGGACACACGAAAAGAGAGAAAGUGUAGAUGAACGAUUCCAUUGAUUUCCACGGGAGAAGGGAAAUGAACCGAGUCCGUUGUUCUCAGGAUUUUCUCCCUCGUGAGAUCAGGAGCUCCUUCACAUCAGCAGUGGUUAAUUGUUUACAGCGCGGCUGCUCUCUCAUCAGAUAUUUCUGGGGACCCAGAUGAAGAAAGUGGCCAAGAGUCUCACUCUUUUUUUUUUUCUUUUACAUGACUUAAAGGGAUAAAAUUACAGUAAAAAAAAAAAAAAGAAUUACGAGCACUUCCACCAGGUGGAUAAAGUACUUAAGUACCAGCCAUGUUUUCUUUGAGAUUUAAAAAACGAGUGAUGCUGAGGGGACUGGGUGUAGGGUAAACAGAGGCAUUAGAUUAGCAAACUUUACAGCUGUGGUCAAGGGUUGCAUUGUACUGUGGGUGAAGCUUGGGGGGUUUCAUGUUUUAGAUUUGAUUUCAAUCAUUGUGCAAACUUAACUCUUACAACUACACGUGUCUGUGCCUUUUUAAGUCCGAGUGGUGUUUUGUCUCCAGAUGCCAAUUUGAACCCGGUUUGAGAGAAAGUUGUACACAGUGGUGGGCAGUGCAGCAGAUCGUUACAUUAACAGUUGCUUCCACAACAGCCAUAAUGAUAGAAUGAGUGUCAAAGCUGAGGUUAAAUACUGGUGUUUUCAGGUUUAAGUUGUUUCGUUCUGUUUUUUUUUUUCUUCCUCGACAUUCUUGCCUAUAAUGCUGCAGUUUUUGUAGUUUGUUUUUUUCUACUCUGUUGUCAGCCUUUGGAUUCACUACCUGCAAAUCAACCUGCAGAGACUUGAAACAGAUAAUCCUCACAGCAAACAUCACGUCUGAGGAUGUUUUUGUCAAAGCUGCGUCAUUGUUGUGUGGUAAUACUGUACAGUAUCUGUCAGUUAGACACCGUUUCAGGCAUUACCAAGCAACAAUGACUAACUUUGAGAAAAAUACAAUAAAUGCAGACAUGUUCUCACUGUAUGGAUUAGCCAUUUUAAGCAGGUUUCAAGUCUCACCAAGUAGAGCAAGUGUAGUGUAGUGAAAAGAAUGGAAACUAGUGGCUGGAAGGUCGGAUGCUGCUUUGAAAUAUGGUUGGCGGUCAUUUCUCAGAAUACCAGGGCUGCAACUAAGAAAAUGUUCAUUAUCGGUUAACCUGUUGUUGAUUAUUUUCAACUGUUCUUCAAAACAAAAAAUCAUGAGGAAUACACAACAUCCCAGAGUCUAAGGUGACACCUUGAAAUCGUUUUACCAGCAUCAGUCCAAAACCCAAAGAUUUUUAAUGGAACCCUGUGGAGUUUUUAGCCAUCUGCCGAUGGCUUCUCUGAUCAAAAGCUGCCAAGAAAUGCAGGAGUGUGCCAACAAAGGCAAGGAAUAAGAAGACUGUUAGCAAACACCUAUCUAAACAAUUUAAAUUAAAUGAAUUUAAAAUGUUACCGUUAAGAUACACACUGUUUUAAUGAGAAACCGUUAAUGUAAACAUAAAUUUGUUUGCAGAGAAAUCCACAGGAAAAAAGCAAAGCCACACCAGCAAACUUUUUUUAAAAUAACUUCAGUGACCAAUUAAUUCUCAAAAUUGUUCAUCAUUUCAGCACUGAACAGUACUUUCUGUGAUUCCUAUUAAGUGGGCAACAGCAUGUAAAAAACACUGGAAUAAUCUGUUUUUAACCCAGUCUGAAAGCACCACAGCUGGAUUUCUGAUGUUGACCUGUAGAUAAAAGAUGAACGUGAAACACGCUGAUGUGACAGUGAGCCUAAUGCUUCCCUGACGCCUCAGUCUGCAGUUUGACAACUGAGUUUUAACAUCAAACAGUAACAAACCCCCGUCACAGGUCUAUGUGGCGGAGUUGGCAUCUUAUGAUUACAGCUUUAAUUUCACAUUUGCGCACAGUUUAAACACUUCAUCAUUUGUUGUCAUUACCGCAUCACUAAACUUGCAGACAUUUCUUUGCACUGUUGUUUUGUUUGUUUGUUUUUGACAGUUAGCGACAUGCUUGGUUUCAACUGUUAGAUUAGACAGCACUUACUUAAAACCUGCUGUUAGUGCGUCCUCAUACUGUAUGUCAUCACUUGUCAACGUGCAGAGCAAUGUCAGCAACAUGCACUGUCAGAAAAAUCUUUUAAAACAAAUCAAUAAAAGUUGCACUGUU